ACGUCGAGAAACGGCAACAGCGUAGAAACUCGUCUCGUCCACAAAGUCAACAUUUCCUUGAGAGGAAUUUUCCGGGCACCGUCAGUUUUGAUGAUGCGAAAAAUCCAUUGUCCGCUGAAAAGAAAAAUUCAUGGACGAACUUAUCAUCACCUACAGGUGCAAGUGCUAGUCCCCAACAAAGAGUACAACACAAUCCCAACAGUUUCCUCUAUAAAAAAUAUCCGCCGGGAAAUCGUACAUCUACGCCAGGAUAUAUAACUAAACCCAAAUCGGCCGAUAAUUUAUCGCAAAUCGAUGGAGCAGCAAACGAUUUCCUGCAGGAACACCAAGAACUAGGACGACGACAGCGUCUAGAAACAGAAAAGCAAAUUCAAUUGCCGUCCACAUUACUAUCGCGGUUCAGACACCGGACGUUCAAGGACACCUUAGGCAAAACCCACAAUUGUGCUGGUUCGACCCGGUCUUUGCAGGCUGAUUGUGCCCAGUCAGAACAAUCUACAGGUUGCUCGUCCCAGACUCCACCUCGGCUGUGCUCUAUUGAAUCCUCAGCAUUCUGCGCCACUAACGAAAGGAGUCCUUUGGUUCGAGGAAAUUCUAUUAAGGCACCAUUUGGAAACUACAGACAGAAACCACCGGAAGAUCUGAAAAACGACAACGGUCGGGAGGAAGACCAACAUCAUUGGGAUCAGGACCAAUCCGCCGUAGCCACCACCGCCGUUCCGGACAAAUAUAAUCAAAGCUUUUUAGCGGCGGAGCGUUCUACAGCGGCUGUUGCGCCGGCGAGUGGUGGACGCUACUACUAUCGGGAAAGAGGUCAAUCGAGAGGUGGUUCAAAGCCACCAACGUCAUCAUCAGAAUCCGUACACCGCUAUCAAGAACGUCGGGAUUUCGCAUCAUCCGAAUUUGAAUCAGAAUCAAGCGACGGGUCACAGUCAGAAUCAGAAUCGGAGGAAUUAGCGCUCUUAUCGUCAGCGGCGUCAGAUAAUUUUCCAAUCUCGAGCGAUACACGUCGCGGUCGCGGUCAUAGUCGCAAUUUCAGCCCAACCGCUCACAUAUGCGCGACAUACGCAAAUGAGGAGCAGAUACAAAUUCCCAACGAUCCGAGCAGAAGCUACUUAGCUGGUGAACUUGAACUACGCUUGACUGCCGGCUCAAUCCCCGUUGAGAGCGCUACUAUCAAUGAUAAUAACAACAAUAACUCGCAAUCACAAUUAUCUGAUAAUAUCGUUAAUAGUGGACGUUCCGAGACAGUCGAUGCAGAUCCCGUGGUAACUUCGCGAUUAGCUAUUGAAUAUUUCAGAUGUGACUCGAAUUUGUUGCGGAAACGGAAAAGGUGGUCAAACAAUACCGCGGAUGUCCUUCCGGAAGGAUCCGGUGUUAGUGAUAUAGACCCAAGUGAUAGUGACAGUGAAUCCGAUAGACAACCCAAGCUUGACCAGAAUUCAAAUGGAUUUUGUUGUGGCCCAACUGACGGAAGGUAUCUAGUCGAUAAUCGAAAAUGUUUGCAACCCGCAACAAGUGACUAUCCGGCGAAAAGUGCAGAUUCUGCUACGAAUCGUUUCAAUAGGGCUAUAAUGAAUAUCAGUAGGAAAUUAGAUACUAUGUUUGGGCUACGCUCGCUGAGAAUGAAGGAGCGCCUGGCCAUUGGCUUUGGUGCAUCCUUGGUGCUAUUCACGCUCUUACUUGUGAUAGAUUUACAAAUGGAUCUAGGAGUCGCUAAUCGACAUUUAAUGCCAUCGCAUGCCCGAGUGCGAUACGUAAAUGAUGAAGAUAAAAAUGGUGUUUUCCGGGAUUUCAAGAGGAAAUUUUUACAGAAGAGCAACUCUUCUGGGUCAAAAGAAGCAUCAACAACAAUUACAUCGCAUGGCAGAAGUGCGGCAGAUUCAUCAGGAUCUGGACAAAGAAAUCCAACAGAACCCCCCGAACAUGAUAACUUCGACGAUUUGAUGAGUUUAGUAGCUGAAAGUAGAAGAAAUUCGGAGGCGAGAAGUAAUACUGGAACGGAUCAAUCUAAUGAAUCUGAGGAAAACCCCACUCUAGGAGAUAUGAUGGAUAUCAGACCCAGUAAAAAUGCAUCCUAUUUGGAAAGGUUCCAGCUUGGCAUAUCGAAACAUGAACUCUACCGAGAAAGUGACCCAAUCGUUGAUGGUGUAGUGAAUGAUAUGCUGCAUUUACCCAUCCAACAUGUUUUCCAAAAAGAUGGCGGUACUCAAAUAAAAUUGGUUAUUGAAUUUCCAAACGAUGUUAAGGCACUGUUUAAACCAAUGAGAUUUCCACGGGAACAGCAAACGUUGCCAAACCAUUUCUACUUUACGGAUUUCGAACGGCAUAAUGCUGAAAUAGCAGCAUUUCAUGUAGAUCGACUCUUGGGAUUCCGACGUACCAUGCCCGUAACAGGACGUUUAUUAAACAUUACCACAGAAAUCUACCAGGUUGCCGACGAUGAUUUAUUAAAAACCUUCUUCGUAUCCCCGUCCAGCAAUUUAUGUUUCCAUGGUAAAUGCUCAUAUUAUUGCGAUACAGCGCACGCCAUCUGUGGUAAUCCGGACACACUUGAGGGAUCCUUUGCAGCAUUCCUGCCAUCGUAUGAACAGGCGCACCGAAAGGUUUGGCGGCAUCCAUGGAGACGUUCCUAUCAUAAAAGGAGGAAAGCUCAAUGGGAAACGGACGCUGAUUAUUGCGCAAUGAUCCGGGACAUUCCACCGUAUGAUGAAGGACGUCGUCUUUUGGAUUUAAUGGACAUGUCGGUGUUCGAUUUCCUCAUCGGGAACAUGGACCGUCACCAUUAUGAGACGUUUAAAGUGUUUGGAAAUGACACAUUCACGCUCCAUUUGGACCACGGACGAGGAUUCGGGCGACCGUAUCAUGAUGAACUUUCUAUAUUGGCACCGGUACUGCAAUGCUGCUUGAUAAGGACUACGACACUUCAAUCUCUUCUCAAGUUCCAUAACGGCCCAAAACAUCUAUCCGAUCUACUACGUGAAUCAAUGCAGAGCGAUCCCCUCAACCCGAUUCUCUGGGAGCCUCAUCUCAAUGCACUCGAUCGACGAGUGAAAAUUAUCCUGCAGGCUAUCCGGGAGUGUGUCAAGAAGAACCCAGGCGAUGAAGUAGCCAUUGGCGAAGAUGAUAUCUCAUAGCGUUAACUUUUUCGCGGUUAAUGACAAUAUUUUAGAUUUUCAACUGAUUUUAAGCUUAAUGAAUCAAGUGAAUUUUGAUUUUAGUAAUAAUAAUCAUUAGAUGGAGGAGUAAAUUUUAUUCUGUACUGAAACGUAAAGUGAAACUCACUAUAAGUGAUAAAUAAAGAAAAAACAUUUAAAAAAUA